AUGAGAACAUACCAAAAUGGCACCAUCUCCAUUGAGGUUUCAAAUUUCCUCCUGAACUGUUUUGUCAGAUCCCCCAUUUGGCAGCGCUGGCUGUCCCUGCCCCUCAGCCUCCUCUUCCUCCUGGCCAUGGGGGCCAACGCCACCCUCCUGCUGACCAUCAGGCUGGAGGCCGCUCUGCACCAGCCCAUGUACUACCUGCUCAGCCUCCUCUCCCUGCUGGACAUUGUGCUCUGCCUCACCGUCAUCCCCAAGGUCCUGGCCAUCUUCUGGUUUGACCUCAGACCCAUCAGUUUUUCUGCUUGCUUCCUCCAGAUGUACAUCAUGAAUUGCUUCCUAGCCAUGGAGUCCUGCACAUUCAUGGUCAUGGCCUAUGAUCGUUAUAUAGCCAUCUGCCACCCACUGAGAUACCCAGCCAUCAUCACUGACCAGUUUGUAGUCAAAGCUGCCACCUUUAUUUUGGCCAGGAACAUCUUUAUAACUAUGCCCAUUCCCAUUCUUUCAGCAUGGCUUUAUUACUGUAGGACAAAUGUCAUUGAGAACUGCAUCUGUGCCAAUAUGUCCGUCUCCAGGCUCUCCUGUGAUGAUGUCACUGUCAAUCGCCUUUACCAAUUUGCUGCAGGUUGGACUAUGCUAGGAUCUGACCUCAUCCUCAUCUUCCUCUCCUACACCUUCAUACUGCGAGCUGUGCUGAGACUCAAGGCAGAAGGUGCUGUGGCCAAGGCCCUAAGCACAUGUGGCUCCCACUUCAUCCUCAUCCUCUUCUUUAGCACCAUCCUUCUGGUCUUCGUCCUUACACAUGUGGCUAAGGAGAAGGUCUCCCCUGAUGUACCAGUCUUGCUCAAUGUCCUCCACCAUGUCAUCCCUGCAGCCCUUAACCCAAUUGUUUAUGGGGUGAGAACCCAGGAGAUCAAGCAAGGAAUCCAGAGGUUACUGAAGAAAGGGUGGUAGUAAGGUCAACCGAAUCUCUGAAUUUCUAAAAUUGGAUGACUUUUGAAUCAUUAAUGAGUGAGUGCGCUGAAACUCAUACCUAUGAGUUAUAAUCUCAUACUGGGUAAAUUAGAUGUUGCCCAUUAUUUUCUAAAACUUCAAUUUCAUUUUAAGUUUGCCUUUCUUUCAUCCUUCCAUCAAGAAUAUCCUUGGCCCUUUCCUCUUUUCUCUAAUGUUUACAAUCUUAUUUUGUUUGCAAUAGUGACAUUCCUUGAAGCAGUUUCUAAAGUGAGAAAUUUAUGUUCCUGAGCAUGCAACUACAAAUAUUCCAUGAACUUUAUAUUCUUAAAAAUACAACUGCAGGUAUUUGUGGCUUAUGUUGUAUGUAAUGUAUU